GCUUGCCAGCGUCAGCGAGCGUUCACUCCCCGCUGCCUUUCAUCGCUCUCUUGACCUUUACCUAUAGCGUUUAUUAAUACACAUCCGCUCGCUGCUUCGCUUCUACAUUUGCACAAUCGAUCGCAUCGCAGCAUAUUGCGCUUCGCACCAUACCGCAUUCCCGCGAUCUCGAUAACUCGAACAAGUAGCGCACGCGAGGCUACUCUCUCAUCUACACACAAUGUUCUGCUUACGGAGCUGGAUACCAGUUCUGUUCUUUCUAUUACGAACUCACGCCUCCCCCGUCUAUCUCGUCCUCUUUAUCAGCGCAACAUAUUUUCUCAACCGCCCAUGUGUAUACUGCUCGCUCCUACUAUUCAUCCUCGUUGUCGCGCUCUUCGAUUUCCAUACGCCGUGGUUUGAUCCGCCACUUCCGUCAGAUACUACAGAAUUGGCUUUGAACGGCACGUCAGCUGGGAUAGUGGAGGCUGUAGGGGUGCUUACGCAGGCGGCGAAUCAUACUGCGCAAGCGGUAGUGAAGGGUGCGAUAGAGGGCUUAAAAGAGAAGACGAGUGCAGGACAGAGUUAUGAAUGGGUAAAGGGCCUGUUGGGGAAGAAGGAGUGGCGGAUACAGUGUCUAGACGUGCUGAUUCGGGUUUGAGUGCGUCGCAUGAUCAUAAGAGGAGGGAAACUUCGGCUUUGGUAAUGUGUGAAUCACAAGGCGUCUUUGGUGUUCAGGCUGGAGGGGAGUAAACGACUAUGUCGUGUGGCUGGCGCCUGGUCUUUGAGCAUCUGCACGGCGUACAGGAAAUACCACUUUCGAAUACUCUUCUCUUUGAGCCCACCUUUCCCAACAUGUGCGUCCUGGUGUCUCUCGAGGGGGUAAUAUGGGGUGAGAUAGGAUACAACACCGACAUAUCACAUGGGAAUACGUAGUUGCCGAG